CAUUUCGAGUUGAACGAUAUCUGGUCCAUUAUUUGUAACCAUUAAACAAUAUAGAUUUUUGUGGUACUUGGUGUACUCGUCUUAUCCCUCAAAAACGGGGGAGUUCGCCGUCUGUCCAGUGCCCUACUCGGUCUGAUUCUUAGAUCGAUCCAGGCCCAACUCCUACGGCUCAUAGUUCUACGAGUCUCCUAUGCCAUGGACCAACAUGAAUGCCAGUUUAAUUCGGUUCAAGCUCUCUCGGUUCUCCCUCCACAGAGUCCAGCACCAACCUUCACAUUUUCUCCACUCUUCAGCACCCUCCUUUUAUGAUCAGAAAUUCAGUUGCUCGAGUGUCAAGAUCAAGGAUGGCUUCAAGAGACUGUGUAGAACCGAUCCACAAAAUUUUAAUGCCUACGCUGAUGCUUGUGGGUCUUUGUUCAAGGCCUGUGCAUCAGAAAGUGCCAUCUCAGAAGGUAGACUCCUCCAUGGUCAUGUUGCCAAGAUGGGUCUCUGUUCAGACACCUUCGUCUCCAUCAAACUUCUUAUCAUGUACAUCAAAUGCAGCAGUACAAUGGAUUCAAGUCGCGCUUUCAAUGAUGUGCCUGGUUUUCACGUUGUUGCUUGGAAUUGCAUGGUUGCUAGCCACGCUGAAUCUGGGCGCUUCGAUGAGGCUCGCAAACUGAUUGAGGAAAUGCCUCAGACAAAUAUAAUUACAUGGACGGCCAUGAUCAGUGGCUUGAUGAAGUUUGGUAGGGUUGGUGAUGCUAUGGAGUAUUUUGAGAGGAUACCUGAACAGAGUGUCGUUUCUUGCACUGCGAUGAUUAGUGGGUAUGUGCAGAAUGGUUAUUAUGAGGAUGCGUUGAUUGCUUUUUUGGAGAUGGUUGAGCGUGGAAUUAUGCCGAACAUGUUCACCUUUGUGUCUAUUAUCAGCGGAUAUGUUGGACUCCGCGCAUUUGAGGUUGGGAGGAGCGUCUUAACGAUGAUUGUGAAACUUGGACUUGAACACGAUCCUUCCAUUUGCAAUUCAUUGAUAACGCUUCAUGUUAGGCUUAGGGAGGUUGAUGUUGCCAGGAGAAUUUUUGAUAGAAUGAGUACGAAGAAUGUUGUGUCCUGGACGGCAAUGCUUGAUUCAUAUGUUGAAGCAGGGGAAUUGGAUGAAGCCCGUCGGCUAUUUGAUGAGAUGCCUCAUAAGAAUGAGAUUUCAUGGAGUGCCAUGAUUGCGAGGUACUGUCAGCAUGGGGAUCCUGCAGAAGCUUUGGAUCUUUACGGGCAGAUGCUUUCUUCUGGCUUCAACCCAAACCUGUCAACGUUAUCGAGUUUGCUGAGUGCAGCUGCAAGCUUGGAAUCUCUGAACGUUGGGAUGAAACUCCAUGGUUAUGUUGUCAAGAUUGGGAUAGAAAAUGAUGUCUUCAUAGGUAGCCCACUAAUUGACAUGUAUUCUAAAUCUGGAAAGACUAGGGAUGCGCGUCAAGUGUUUGAAAUCAUGCCUUACAAGAGUACUGUCUGUUGGAACUCUAUGAUAACUGGUUACAGUUACAAUAAUGAAUUAGAAGAAGCAACGAAAAUGUUUGAUGAGAUACCAGAGAGAAAUAUAGUCUCCUGGAAUGCAAUAAUUGCGGGAUAUGUACAGAAUGAACAUUGUGAGAGAGCAUUGGAAAUUUUUAAUGAGAUGCAAUUGGCAGGUGCAAUUCCAAACAUGUCUACUUUCUCUAGCACUCUUCGUGCUUGUGCAAGCGUAGCAUCAUUAGAGAAAGGAUCAAAUUUUCAUGGAAAGAUGGUGAAACUUGGCAUACAGUAUGGAGUUUUCAUGGGUACUGCUCUCCUGGACAUGUAUGCAAAAUCUGGGGAUAUCACCUCUGCAAGGCAAGUGUUCAGGAGAAUGACGGAGAGGAACGAGAUCUCUUGGACUGCGAUGAUUCAGGCUCUGGCAGACAAUGGGCUUGCAGAAGAAUCCAUUGACUUAUUCGAGGAAAUGCAGCAAGAGAAAGUAAUUCCUACUGAACUAACAUUUCUGGGUGUGCUUUUUGCAUGUGCUCAUUGUGGUUUGGUAGAGAAAGGAUGGCAUUACUUUAAAUCUAUGCAGAGUGUGUACCACAUAAAACCCAGAGGAAAACAUUACUCGUGCAUGGUUGAUCUUUUAGCUCGAGAUGGGAGGCUAACUGAGGCUGAAGAGUUUAUCAACGCAAUGCCUUUUCAGCCAGAGGCUAAUGCUUGGGCAGCUCUUCUGAAUGCGUGCAGCAUUCAUGGGAACGAGGAGAUUGCAGAAAGAGCUGCAAUGCGACUCUGGGAAUUAGAGAAAGAAAACUCAGCUGGGUAUAUUUUACUGUCAAAUAUCUAUGCAGCUGCCGGCCGGUGGAAUGAUGUUUCAAGGAUUAGAAGAUUGAUGAAAGAGAAGGGCCUGAAGAAAUCACCAGGCUGCAGCUGGGUUGAGGUUAAAGAUCAGGUCCAUGCUUUCUUAGUCGGUGACGAGGGCCACCCACUGUCCAUCGAAAUUUAUAGGACCCUUGACCUUCUAACCUCAGAGAUGAUGCUUUUGGAGGAAGCAGGAUUCAUGGAUUUGAAAACAAUAGAUAGUGACACACAAGCUAAUGUUGAAUUGCAUUGAACUUCAUAACAUUGCGCUUGAGCAGCAGGCUUCUGUUUUGGCAAGUUCUGGCCUGUAAGCUUCAUUGGCAAUUUAUUUAACAGAUGGUUGAUAAAGAAAUUAACCAGUGAGAUGAUGAUUACAUCCAUGUGAACA